CGUUUCGGCCACUGUUGCUACUUGACACAGUAGAAAUUUUGAGUUGGCAAUACUCAGAAACCUAAUAUUUUUUUUUAUAUAAUAUCUCAAAUUAUCGUCCUUAGACAAGUUGCCUUAACAGUAGUAUAUGUAGAAAGUCGAAAUCUAAAUUUAUAAUAACAUUAUAAUUAAGCCCCCAGACUUUAAAGUUUUUCUAUUUGAAAUUUAUUCACUAUUUACAUUUUCAUAUUCGGAACUUGGCAGCAGUGGUUCUCUCGGCUACAAAUUAAAGGUACAUUAAAUCGGUGAAGUAAGUGGAGUCUUGAACGGUCAUCUUAAGAAAACUCAAAUCUGUUUAUUCUGUGUAUGCGGUCCAAUGGCAACUACAUCAUAUGAGCAUGAUGCAGCUGGUGGAAAAUUUAUACCAGCAACACAGAGACCAGAUGGUACCUGGAGAAAGCCAAGAAGAGUAAAAGAUGGAUAUAUACCACAAGAAGAAAUACCAUUAUAUGAAAGUAAAGGAAAACAAUUUAAAGCAAAACAAAACACAGGAUUGCCUCCUGAAUUGGCAGUAGAAAUAAGAAAACCUAAAAAAGGCAGUGGAAUUAUACAACCAAUACCUGGAAUGGUUGUCAAUAUUGAAAAAAAGAAGAAGAAGAAAAAGUCAGGUGUCAAUGAAGUUGCUGAUAAAUUAUCAAAAGUUGAAAUAAUUGAACCAACAUUUAAUGAAGCAGUUCAACAACCUAGCAUAAUAUCAGCUUCAGAUCCAAAUAAGAAAUUAAAAAAUUUACGGAAAAAGCUUAGAGAUAUUGAAACACUUGAAGAAAAAAUAAGUAUUGGAUCUCUAAAUCCAGACAAAGAUCAAAAGGACAAAAUUUCAAAAAAGAAUGAAAUUAUAAAAGCAAUAGAAGAAUUAGAAAAGUGUAGUUGUUAAGAUGGCCAGAGUCAAUAUAAUGUUUAAAUCAGUAAAAUUAUAUCAUAAAAGACGAAAA